UACUAAAACCAGUCAGCAUUUUCCAACUCCCAAGUCAAUUUACGAUUGUGUAUUUUAUUAGCGAGAAUUUUGUUGACCGCUAAGUUUAUUUACUUAAAAUAAUUAUAAAAAAUGAAUAUCAUACAGAAUUUUGGUCCAGCUAUGAAUUUUGGAUCCGAUUCAAUGGCUUCAGACUGGAUGAAUGCUGAAGCCAGCACUGGAACCUCAAUUAUGGCGUGUGAAUUUAAUGGUGGAGUUGUGAUUGGUGCUGAUUCACGUGCAACUACUGGAGCAUACAUUAGUAACAGGACAGCCGACAAGUUGACCAAGAUUACUGACAACAUUUACUGCUGUCGUUCUGGUUCAGCUGCAGACACUCAAGCAAUUGCAGAUAUUGUCGCAUAUCACUUAGGUUUUCAUCAAAUGGAAUUAGGAACCCAGCCCAAAGUUGAAACAGCAGCCAAUGUAUUCCGCGAGAUGUGCUACAAUUACCGUGAUUCACUUGUCGCCGGAAUCCUCGUAGCAGGAUACGACUCCCGAAAAGGGGGACAAGUUUACAGCAUCCCAAUCGGAGGAAUGUGUGUCCGACAACCAAUUUCUAUAGGUGGUUCUGGAUCAACUUACGUCUACGGUUAUGUUGAUGCUCACUACAAGCCCGACAUGACCAAGGAUCAAACUGUCGAGCUGAUUACAAACACUCUUGCACUUGCGAUGAGCCGCGACGGAAGCAGUGGUGGUGUCAUUCGUCUUGGAAUAAUAACGGAAGCAGGCGUGGAACGUCGUGUAAUUCUUGGUGACGAAUUACCUAAAUUCUGGGAAGGAUAAAUUUCUGUAAGAAGAAUCAGUUGAUUAUUUUUAAUCUGCAUUUUUCAUACGCUAAUCAUAAUAAAGAUAAAAAACAAAAAUAAAAAAUUCUUCAUACAAGGUUGGUUUAUAAAUAAAACAUAAUUGAUUUAAAC